AUGAAGUGGUCAAUUCUCCUUCUGAUCGGCUGCGCUGCCGCCAUUGACGUCCCUCGUCGUCCAUAUGCCCCCAUUGGAAGCGGCAAGAAACGAUUGACCUUCAAUGAGACGGUCGUCAAGCGAGCCAUUUCCCCCUCAGCCAUCUCGGUCGAGUGGAUUUCUACCUCCGAGGACGGGGAUUAUGUCUACCAAGACCAGGACGGCAGUCUGAAAAUCCAGAGCAUCGUCACCAACCACACGCAGACGCUCGUCCCUGCGGACAAAGUGCCCAAGGAUGCCUACAGCUACUGGAUCCACCCCAAUCUCUCCUCGGUGCUCUGGGCCACCAACUACACUAAGCAAUACCGGCACUCGUACUUUGCCGACUACUUUAUCCAGGACGUGCAGUCGAUGAAUGUUAAGCCCCUCGCCCCGGACCAGUCCGGCGACAUCCAGUACGCUCAGUGGAGUCCCACGGGCGACGCCAUCGCCUUCGUGCGCGGCAACGACGUCUUCGUCUGGACCAAUGCCUCGACUAGCCAGAUCACCAAUGACGGCGGUCCGGAUCUCUUCAAUGGUGUCCCGGACUGGAUCUACGAGGAGGAGAUCCUGGGCGACCGCUUUGCGCUCUGGUUCUCCCCGGACGGGGCGUAUCUCGCCUUCCUCCGGUUCAACGAGACGGGCGUCCCGACCUUCACUGUGCCGUACUACAUGGACAAUGAGGAGAUUGCGCCGCCGUACCCACGCGAGCUGGAGCUGCGGUAUCCCAAGGUGUCGCAGACGAAUCCAACCGUGGAGCUGAACCUGCUGGAGCUGCGCACCGGCGAGCGGACGCCUGUGCCGAUCAACGCGUUUGACGCGAAAGAGUUGAUCAUCGGCGAGGUGGCGUGGUUGACGGAGAAGCAUGAUGUCGUGGCUGUCAAGGCGUUCAACCGCGUGCAGGACCGGCAAAAGGUCGUCGCUGUUGAUGUGGCCUCGCUCAGGACCAAGGCCAUCAAUGAACGCGACGGUACGGACGGGUGGCUGGAUAACCUGCUGUCCAUAGCGUAUAUCGGGCCCAUCGGUGAGUCCAAAGAGGAGUACUUCAUCGACAUCUCCGACCAGUCCGGCUGGGCGCAUCUGUGGUUGUUCCCUAUCGCCGGGGGUGAGCCCAUCGCCCUGACCAAGGGUGAGUGGGAGGUGACCGGCAUCCUCAGCAUCGACAAGUCGCGCCAGCUGGUCUAUUUCCUCUCCACGAAGCACCACAGCACCGAGCGUCACCUCUACUCCGUCUCUUGGAAGACGAUGGAAAUCACCCCCUUAGUCGACGACACCGUCCCCGCCGUCUGGUCCGCCUCCUUCUCCUCGCAGGGCGGAUACUACCUCCUCUCCUACCGCGGGCCCGACGUGCCCUACCAGGACCUCUACGCCAUCAAUUCCACCACGCCCCUACGCACCAUCACCAGCAACGCGGCCGUGCUCGACGCCUUGAAAGAAUACACCCUGCCUAACAUCACCUACUUCGAGCUGGCCCUCCCCAGCGGCGAGACCCUCAACGUCAUGCAGCGUCUCCCCGUCAAGUUCUCCCCGAAGAAGAAAUACCCCGUCCUGUUCACCCCCUACGGCGGACCCGGUGCGCAGGAAGUCUCCAAAGCCUGGCAAGCCCUCGACUUCAAGGCGUACAUCGCCUCGGACCCAGAACUCGAGUACAUCACCUGGACGGUCGACAACCGCGGCACGGGGUACAAGGGCCGCGCGUUCCGGUGCCAAGUCACCAGCCGGCUCGGCGAGCUGGAAGCCGCGGACCAGGUCUUCGCCGCGCAGCAGGCCGCCAAGCUCCCCUAUGUCGACGCAGACCACAUCGCCAUCUGGGGGUGGAGCUACGGCGGCUAUCUGACGGGCAAAGUCAUCGAGACCGACAGCGGGGCGUUCUCGCUUGGUGUGCAGACCGCGCCGGUCUCGGACUGGCGGUUCUAUGACUCGAUGUACACGGAGCGGUAUAUGAAGACGCUGGAGAGCAAUGCGGCAGGGUACAAUGCCAGUGCGAUCCGGAAGGUCGCGGGGUACAAGAAUGUGCGUGGCGGGGUGCUGAUCCAGCAUGGGACGGGCGAUGAUAAUGUACAUUUCCAGAAUGCGGCGGCGCUGGUGGACACCCUUGUAGGGGCGGGAGUGACGCCGGAGAAGCUGCAGGUGCAGUGGUUUACGGACUCAGAUCAUGGGAUUCGGUACCAUGGGGGGAAUGUGUUCUUGUACCGCCAAUUGUCCAAGAAGCUGUAUGAGGAGAAGAAGCGGAAGGACAAGGGCAAGGCGCAUCAGUGGAGUAAGAAGUCGGUUCUGUAG